GACCAUUUUCAAUUAGAAACCUUCGUCGGGGAUAGACGGUUGUCGCGGACGGAGACUCAGCCAACCGGAAUCUUGAAACUGAACGUCUCUCCUGCACGCUCUUCUCGCAACAAGUCGUGGGUGUCGCGCUUAACCGCUGAAAGUGAAAACAAAACGCACCAAACGGAAAAUAUAAAUCUUCAAGGAGAAACAAGAGAAAAUUUUGUGCCAAAAAUUAUCAAAAAAUAAAAAUAUAAAAAGUAUCUUUUUAUAAACAAAUGAGAUAUUUGCAAAAGUGAACUACCCCGGUGAUAGUGUGGACCUUUAGAGCCACCCCUCUGCUAGUACACGCAGCGAAAUAGUCGAGUGCAUCCAACACCGAAAGGAAAAGGAGUAAAAAUACAAUUUCGCGACGCCAUUGUGAAGAGAAAAAGCCGUCAAACUGUGGGGCUCAGGGGCAUUUUUUCUUCCUCCGCAAGGAAUGUAUUAUCCGCAUAUGGUGCAGGCGGGCGUAGCGCCUUUUCCGGGCGCUCCGGCCGGCUAUGCCGCCGCACCAGGUCCAGCGGCAGCAGCUGCGGCAGCGGCAGCCGCCGCCCAACAACAGCACCAGGCCCAGCAGCAGCAGCAGCAACAACAACAGCAGCAGGUGGGAGGAGCGCCUUCCGCCGCUGACAGUCUGUCGCUGGCGGUGGCGGCAGCGGCUGCCAAACAGGUAUCUGAGCCAGUGACCCAAAUGAAAGUGGCCGGCGAUGCCGCAGGCACCACCAACAGUAACAACAAUAACAACAACAACACAGCGGUGGCACAGGCAGUGGCCCAGGCAGGAACAGGAGCGCCAGGAUCGGCGGGAGGAGUGAACACAGUUAAUUCGAGUUCAGGGGGCGGCGUGGCCACGCCGGCGGUGGUGGUGGCCACUAGUGUGUCCGAUGUUGUCAAUGCCUCGUUGUACAUGCAACAGAAGAAGACAAAUCUGUCAACACAAACACAGACACAGUCACAGUACAAUGGAAGCAGACUCCCAGGUCCUCCUCCCUGUGCUCCCUGUACUCUGCUCCCAGUGGUGGUCACGCAACCGUCCCUGACAAAUGGACAUGGCAUGGAGCAAGUGCAGCCACCAGAACAACACCAGCAGCAGCAGCUGCACCACCACCACCACCAGCACCAGCAGCACCAUCACCACCAGCUGCAAUCAACGCUGCCCCCACAAAAUGUGCUCAGCAUUUCCACAGUAUUGAUCGCCAAUGAGGCAGCAGAUUCACAACAGAACUCCACCCUUCCCAGCGCAGGCGGCACUGGCGCCGGUGGUGGAACUGGUGGGGGCGGAGGCGGUGGCACGCCCAAUUCGCCACUCAGCAGCUCCCCGUCCAGCGCAACAAACUCGCAGGCCACAGUUGGCGGCGUCUUGAACCUCAACGGCAACGCCACCGAGGGCAAUGUAUCCGGCAGUGUAUCGCCGGUGGCCAGCGGUGAACCGCUCCUCCAGACACCGCCCACCCUCCAGCAGCAGCAGCCGCAGCCGCUCCUGUGCAGCAGUCCCCCAUCCGUUCAGACGGCAGCCACCUCGGUGACGGGCAGUUCGAUAGCUGCCGGCGCCCUGGCCGCCACCAGCAGCAGCGGUGUUGGCCUUCUGCCCACCACCGGACUGGACACCAUGGCCAAUGGCAGUGCCGGCACCUUGGUGCCGGCCAGCACCUCCCAGGUGAUUGCCCACCUAAACGCAGCAGCGGCAGCGGUCCAGUCGCCACCACCCAGCGCUGUCCCUAGUCUCAACAAUGCUCUAGUCCCGGUCGUCGCCUCGGCCACCUCUCUCGAUGCCAAGAGCCAGCCCAAGAGGCUGCAUGUCUCCAAUAUACCGUUCCGCUUCCGGGACCCGGAUCUACGGGCCAUGUUUGGGCAAUUUGGAACUAUUCUGGAUGUGGAAAUCAUUUUCAAUGAGCGCGGCAGCAAGGGAUUCGGUUUUGUAACAUUCGCUAACAGCAACGAUGCAGAACGAGCACGCGAACGUCUACACGGCACCGUGGUUGAGGGACGCAAAAUCGAGGUGAAUAACGCCACUGCACGUGUACAAACCAAAAAAGUGACAACAGUACCCAACGUUGUACUGACCAAAGACGGUGCCAUACCGGCCCCCGCUCUAGUCUGCGUACAAUGGCCAGAAGCCGCCGUUGCCGCCGCCAUGCGUGGAGUGGCCAUCCAGCGCGGACAUGUGGGCGUGGUCGGCGCCGCCCCCUACCAUCAUCCCCAUCAUCCGCACCACCAUCCGGCGCUGCUGGCGUCGGCCGCCGCAGUCGCCCAACAGCAGCAGCAACGCCAGGCGGCCGUCGCCGCCGUGGCUGCAGCAGCCGCUCAACAACAAGCCGUGGCCGCCCAGCAGGUGCAGCAGCAGCAGGUCGCCACCGCCCACCAGCAGCAACACCAACAGCAGCAGCAGCAACAACAGCAGCAGCAACAACAACAACAGCAACAGCAGCAGCAACAACACCAGCAGCAACAGCAGCAGCACCAACAACAACAGCACGCCGCCGUAGCCGCCGCCGCAGCCGCCGCCUCGCAUCCCCAUGUUCAUGCCGCUCACGCCCUCGCCCACGCCCAUGCCCCCCAGCUGGCGCAAUUGCAGCCCGGCCUGCAAGCAGUGGCGGUACCCACGGCUGCCGGCAAUGCCGCAGCUCUGCAGCAAUCUUUGGCAGCUGCCGCGGCCGCCGCCGCCGCUGCCCAAAACCCGGCCGGAGUGGGCCAGAAUCCUGCCAGUGCUGCUGCCGCGGCCGCCUAUGCCGCCCGACUCUCGGCGGCAGCGGGCGCCACCCAGACACCCCAGACGGCCGCUGCUGCUGCGGCUGCUGCUUCCAUGGCUGCGUCGGCCAAUGCGGCCAACAGCGCUGCCGCUUUGCAUGGAUUCGCGCCUGUAUACUAUGAUCCCUUCUUAGCAGCCGCUGCUAACGCUGAUCCAAAUCUACGCUUCCAGGCAGCCAAACCGGUCACUGAAGUUCCAGCCGCUCAGCCAGCCGCCAUAUUAAAUCGCCGCACUGUGACUACGCUAAACAGUAACCCACAUACGAUCAACCGCAUUCCGGUUCCACAGAAUGUUUUGGCCACUGCUCCGCUGUUAAAGACCCCACUGUCUCAGGCCCAGCAGCAGGCGUACGCCACGGCGGCCACCACCUACACGGCGGUAGCUGCCAGGGCCGCCUAUGGGGCUGCCGCCGCAGCGGCUGCCCAGCCGGCACUAGCCGGCUACGCCACCGUAGCUGGAUAUGCGCGCGAAUAUGCAGAUCCUUAUCUAGGACAUGGCAUUGGACCAGUUCCUGGCUACGGGGCGACCAUGUAUCGUGGUGGCUUCAAUCGUUUCGCGCCAUAUUAAGAACAAUCUACGCCAGUCAGCCAAAAAAUGCACUCAAUCUACUCUCGAUGAAAAUGCUCAAUAUAUGAACAAGGCAAAGCAAAGCAAAUAAGUAACUUAGACGUAAUACUCCUCCCUAUUGUGCAGUAAGUAGAAGUUACAACUAAAAAACGAUAGAUGCAAGAUACUCAACACACAAAAAGCAGCAGCAGCAGCUACCAUGGCAAAAUCAACAUCUGCAAUCUGCAAUCUGCAACAAAAACAGACGCUCAAAAAUCUUGGAGAGUUGAAAAUCAAAGCUAAGCAACAAAAAGGAUAAAAUAAAAUAAACAAAUCAAUGUCGUCCAGCAAAAGCGUAAAAAAAAGCUAAACCAAAAACAAAUAUACGCCGCUAAAUGCAGUUCUAUGGAGUUUAUAUAAGAAAAACAAAAAACAAAAAUUUAAAGCAUAAAUUCAAAUUGCAAAAUAGUUUUGCAACAAUGAAAUGAAAAAUGUGCUUCAUGCGUAGAUUUUUACCAGAACAAAAAGCUGAAACUUUGUGCGGCAGAUCAGAAUUUAUAUAUACAUACACACUUAUAUAUAUAUAUUACCAACAUGAUAUAUAGUUAUUAUAGGCAUUGUAUUUGUAUAUCAGAAACCAGGCAGAGAAAGAGCAAUGUUUUUUAGGUACUCUUCAUGCUGAAACAUCAUCAAAAACAAAUAUUAAACCUAUAUGUAAUCCUUUGGUUGUUAAUUAUGUCCUUUUGUUCAACUAAGUUAGAUUUUUUUGAUUUAAAUGAUUAUUUUAAAGCAUUAGCAUUGUAGGAGAGGAACUGAGAAUCUUCUAUAGAAAGCGCAGCACAUCAACAUAUAUACAUAUAUUAUUUGCAAA